AUGUCUUCCUCAGCAAGAAGCGCUCCUCAACAGCACAAACAGCCAUCACGCAAAGGCAAAAAGGCCUGGCGGAAAAAUGUCGACAUUGAAGAGGUUCAGCAUGGCUUGGAUUCGCUCCGAGAACAAAUCAUCCAAGGCGGACCCGUGGCAGAGAAAACUUCCGAAGAACUCUUUGCACUUGAUACAACAGGAUCGGAGGAUAUCAAGAGGAAGUACAAAAUACAGAAGCCGUUGAAGGUGGAUCAGAUUCUCGCCAAACGCUCAGCGGUUCCAGCGGUCGAUUCGCGAAAGAGACAACACUCGGCGGUCACUGACGGAGUUCUUGAAUCUACAAACAAAAGGCAGAAACCCGAUUGGGUGAGCAAAAAGGAAGUGCGUCGCUUGAAAAGCAGCCUUGACAGCACGUCAAGAUUGGAUGCAGACAAAUUGGACAUCGAGACAUCCGGGUUUGAUCUAUGGGCGGCGGAGACGCCAGCUAGCGUACCGGAAGACAAGUCAACCGAGUAUGUGCCUAAACCAAGAGCAAAGGUGGCGCCCGUAACAUUGAAAAAGGCGCCGAUCCCGAUGACCGCAGAUGGCAGGCCGGUUCGAGCAGUUCAGCAGCCCAACGCUGGUACGAGCUACAACCCAUCUUUCGAGGAAUGGGAUGAUCUGCUCAACCAAGAAGGCGCCAAGGAGGUGGAAGCAGAGCGCUUACGUCUUGCCCAAGCCAAGGCGGCAGCCGAGAAGGAAGCAAGGGUGCAAGCCCUGGCUGCAAUGCCAGAAGCGAACCCUGCGGAUGAUGAAAGCGCGUGGGAAGGAUUCGAGACCGAGAAUGAGGACUCAGAGGCCUUGAAGAAGAAGCGGCCACAGCGAAAAACGCCCGCGCAGCGGAAUAAGGCCAAGCGGAGAAAAGAAGCGGAGCGAAUCGCAAAGCACGAGAAGAAGAUGGGGGACAAGGCAAAGCAAACAGAACAGAUGAUCAUGGUUAUGAUCAAGCGCGGCCAAGAGGAUGAGCUGGAGCCAAGCAAUGAGACUCCAGAGGUAGAAGACGGCGACGACCGAGUUUUGCGCCGGCGGAAGAGAGGGAAUGCGAUAAUCCCAGAGAAGCCUCUAGAGGUUGUUCUUCCGGACGAGCUGCAAGAGUCACUGCGACGACUUAAGCCUGAGGGUAACUUGCUGAACGAACGGUUUCGGAAUUUACUGGUGAAUGGCAAGCUGGAGGCUCGCAAAGUCAUAGUGCAACCCAAGAAGCGCAAGGUGAAGAUGACAGAGAAAUGGAGCUACAAGGACUUUAGCAUUCAGGUCUGA